AAGAUGUGAAAACUCAUGAAGCAUAAUUUUCUUUUGUCCUUUUUGCGUAAUGACAGAUUUAAAAACGAUUGACUUCAAAUCUACCAGACUAUUGUCGGGGAUCCCAAGCAUAAUUCAGUAUUUCGUUUCUUACAUUCCUCUUUGUCUUCGAAGCUCAAUCAUCGCUGACCACCUGCGAUCGAUUAAUGGCUGCUUCUUCUUCUUCUUCUUCUGGCCUUCCUUGGAAAUACGAUGUGUUCAUCAACUUCAGAGGGGAAGACACUCGCAAGAUCUUCAUCGGCCAUCUCUACAGAGCUCUGCGUCAGAAACCAAUCAACACCUUCAUUGAUUCCAAAGAGCUCAGAAAAGGCGACCGCCUUUCCGAGCUCCUGACGGCGAUUCGAGAGUCCAGGCUUUCGAUUGUAGUUUUCUCUCAAAAUUAUGCUUCUUCCACUUGGUGCUUGAAAGAACUCGUCGAAAUUCUGGAAUGCAACGAUAACAAGAACCAAAUUGUGGUCCCAAUUUUCUACGAAGUCGAUCCAUCCGAUAUUCGUAAACACAAAGGAAGUUUCGCCGAAGCUUUUGAUCAGCAUGAAGGCCAUUCUAACGCCAACAUGGAGGAGGUGCGGAGCUGGAGGUCCGCCCUUACUCGAGCCACCAAUUUAUCCGGCUGGGAUUCGCGAAACUAUGAGGAUGAUGCAAAGCUUAUUGAGGAAAUUGUAGAAGAUGUUUAUAGGAAAUUGAUCCACAUCUCAUCAACUUCAAGCAAAGAUAAUGAAUUGGUUGAAAUGGAUUCUCAUAUGCAUGAAAUGCAUUUACGAUUACAUCUUGAUCCUCCUGGCGUGGAAUUGGGUGAUGUUCGCGUUGUUGGAAUAUGGGGUAUGGGUGGUUUAGGCAAAACAACCAUCGCUAGAGCUGUUUAUGAUGAAAUUGCUUGUCAAUUUGAAGCUUGUUGCUUUCUUGAAAAUGUCAAGGAGGGUUUUAUGAAGCAUGGUGAACUCCAUAUGCAGACACAACUUCUAUCAAGUAUCUCGGGCAACAAGGUGGGGAGUUCCGACAUAUCGAAUAAAGGUUUCCUGGUGAUGUUAAAAAGAUUUGGUCACAGAAAAGUUCUUCUUGUUGUUGACGAUGUAGACACAUUAGAACAAAUUGAAGCCUUAAUCGGAAAGCAGCAUUCUUUUGGCGAUGGAAGUAGAAUCAUUAUAAAAACAAGGAAUGCGCAAUUACUAAGCGGAGCUGAUGCGAUAUAUAGGCCCAAGAAUAUCAGUGAUUGUGGAGCUCUGGAACUUUUUAGGCAGUACGCCUUUAGAACAAACCAACCCACCAGAGAUUAUGAUGAUCUUUCGAGGCGUGUCACACAAUAUGCUCAAGGUCUGCCUUUAGUACUCAAAGUCUUGGGAGCUUUUCUUGAUGACAAAACUGUACGCGAGUGGGAAGAUGUGUUAGAAAAAAUAAGGAAAAUCCCGCAUAGGGGAAUUUAUGAUGUGCUUAAAACAAGUUUCGAUGGACUAGAUGACACAGAGAAGGACAUCUUUCUAGAUAUUGCAUGUUUCUUUAAAGGGAUGAAGAAAGACUAUGCAACCGAAAUUAUGGACAGUUGUGGUUUCUAUCCUCAUACAGGAAUAAGAGUUCUAAUCGAUCGGGCGCUCAUAACUGUCUCAGGGGAGGGGGAACUGGAGAUGCAUGAUUCACUAGAGGAAAUGGGCCGGGAAAUCGUCCGCCAAGAAUCUAUCAAAGAGCCUGGGAGACGAAGUAGAUUGUGGAGCUAUGAAGAUGUUCAUCAUGUGCUAACUCAAAAUACGGCUACAAAAGCAAUUAAAAGCAUAAUCCUGGAUUUGUCGUGCUCAGAUUGGGUGUGCUUAAAUGCUCGAGCUUUUGCUAAUAUGACUCAACUAAGACUUCUCAAGAUCAGUUAUGAGUUCCCCUACUCAAAUGAUGAUUACUGCAAACAACACCUGAUUGGGCACUUGAGGUUUUUUUCUCAUGAGUUGAGGUGUCUCACCUGGUUUGGAUUCCCCCUUAAGUCUUUGUCAUCCAACUUUCAGUUAAAAAAUCUUGUUGGCCUUGACAUGCGAUAUAGUCUCAUUGACCGACUUUGGAAUGGAACCCAGAUGCUGGAAAAGUUGAAAUUCAUCGAUUUAAGUUAUUGUCUAUACCUUAAAGAAACCCUUGACUUCAAAAAGGUCCCAAAUCUUGAGAAGCUAAUUCUUCGAAGUUGUAGAAGUUUAGUUGAGGUUCACCCAUCUAUUUCGACUCUUACAAACCUUGUUUUAUUGGAUCUGGAUGGGUGCGAGAAACUUAAGAUUAUAGCCAGCGACAUUUGUACGAAAUCUCUUAAAACCCUUGGUGUUUUUGACUGCCGGAGUCUUGAGAUCUUUCCAGAGAUUUCAGAAGUUAUAGACAAACUAUUCGAACUUCAUUUAUCCGGGUCAAAAAUUAAAGAGUUACCCUCGUCAAUUAAUAAUCUCACGGGGUUGCGUCAUUUGAACCUGAAAGACUGCAAGGAACUUAAGGGGGUGUUUGUUUCCCCUCACUAAAGUUCAUUGGACUGGACUGGACUAAAGAUUAGUCCAGUCCCGCGUUUGUUUCCUGGCUGGACUAGUUUUAAUGGGAUUAGCCAGGACUCGCUUUCACUAACAACCUCACUAGCCGUUCUUAGCGUGACCCCUCGAAAACUUCUUCGUCCUGCUCGACUCACCUCCCCGACCUCGAUUUCGAUGGCAUAAGCUUAAGGUGUGGCUUCAUCUCUGAUGACGAACUCGUCGACGUCUUCAUCUCCGACGAAGACCUCGUCGACUGGGUCAUCUCCACCAUCUUUUUCUCCUUCGCUGCUUCGCUAUUGCCAUGGUCGUGGGUUUCAAGCUACUGAUUUUGGCUUUGCCUUCGGCUUGCCUCCUCAUCGACCAGGUUGUCUCCGCCAUGACUGCUUCGCAAUCUCAGUAAUUUUUUUUGUUUUGGGUUUUUGGGUUUUUUUUUUUUUUUUUUUCUGGGAUUUGCAGGUUUAAUUGGUUAUUGGAAGGCUUGCCUUUCUUUUUGGAAUCUCUUAAGGCUUGGCAAAUGGUUAACUAACAAAUUCUCUUAAUUAAACAAGAAAAUUAAGAGAUUAAUGCAUAAUUUGAUAGAGAGAAAAUGAUGGAGAAGAGAAAUGAGGAAGGCUAAAGGAAGGAAGGGGAAAGAAAAUUUGCUUAGGUCCAUUCAUUUCCAGACUUCACUGCCCUUUAAUUAUUAAUUUUUGUUUAAUUUUUAAUCCAAAAGUGAAUUAAAAAUGGCAAAAAAAAUAUAUUAUGUGACUUAGUCCGACACUGCACCAAACACUUCACUAAGCUAGUCCAGCUUAGUCUAGUCUAAGCCAGUCCAGCUUAGUCCUUGAAGCUAGUCCAGUCCAAGACAGUCCGGUGCAACAAACGCACCCUAAGAGUCUUCCUCGCACCAUUCGUUUGAAAUCUCUCAAAACUCUUGAUCUUUCUGGCUGCUCGAGUCUUGAGAUGUUUUCAGACAUUUCACUUAUGAUGGAACUAUCAGAGCUUAAUUUAUCCAGGUCAAAAAUUAAAGAAUUGCCCUCGUCAAUUAUUAAUCUCACGGGAUUGCAUCGUUUGGACCUAGAAGAUUGUAAGGAACUUAAGAGCCUUCCAAGUAGCAUUUGUCAACUUGAAUCCCUUAGAAAUGUUAAUCUUUCUGGUUGUACAAAAGUUGAGCUUCAUUUGGAUGGAACAUCUAUUGAAGAGCUUUCCCCCUCGAUUGAACGGCUUCAGGGGCUUGAGGUAUUACAUCUGAGAGACUGCAGAAUCCUUGUGCAUCCCGGUGGGUGCACAAAUCUUUCUGAAUCACCUGUCACCUUUGAAGAUUUAGUACGCUUGUGGGAUAGUGCAGUAGAAAUUGAUAAUUGGGAUACCGACAUUUUGACAUGUGUACUAUACUCCUAAACAUCAUCGGCAUCCAAUCGGUCACUAUGCAGAUUGUGGGAUACGAAGCUCUGUUUUGAAGCAAUCAAUAGGUCUCCAUGCCACGUGGGGCGGCUUUCAAUUGCUUAUGUGAUUAUGUCGCCAGGGAGAGAAACUGUGAAGAUAUUGCAAUGUCAUAGGUUGUUGCUAACUUGUUAAUGCCACCGGUGCUCCUCCAAUUUGGGUGAAAGAAUUGAAUGAAGAGAGGAGGUUGAUGGUGUACGUGGGAAACAAUUCAACUGACCCUGAUCCCAGCUCCUUGUGUUUGGAAGGAACUUUGGAUUGCAGCGUUGUUGCCGGGAAGAUUGUGAUCUGUGACAGUGGUAUUAGGCCCAGAGUGCUGGAGGGACAGGUGGUGAAAGAUGCAGGAGCCAUUGGUAUGAUUUUGGCAAACACAGCUGCAAACAGAGACCAAUGUUUCUGUUUUGACACUUCAUACAACUGUCACUAAUGUUGGCCCUGCGAAUUACCACGCCAUAGUUUCGCAGUUCAAAGGUGCUUAUGUGAAAGUUUUGACGUAUGACUUCACCAGAGAAAAUCAAAAGCUAACUUAUAAGAUCACCUUCACUACGAAAUAUCGGCUGGCAGUUCUGGAAUGCAGAGGGUUGGUGUGGAAGGAUGGAGUGCACAGGGUGAGAAGCCCUAUUGUUGUAGUUUGGCUACCUCCACUGUGAUUCAUGCACUGGAGGUUUUUUUUUCUUUUUCUUUUGGCAUGAUUUACUUUCAGUGUGUGUGUUAAUGCUUUUUAUUCCAUCUGAGCAUUUCAGUCCUUGCAGUACAUGAGCAUUUCAUUGUGAAAGCCCACAACUGGGGUACGUGAUUAGGGUUAUUUGGCACCAGCUGCUGCCCCUUUGUUUAGAGCAGAUUGUGCGAAAAGAAAGCAGCAGCCGACAGCCCCCAAGAGAAGAAGAAGAGCUGCUGCCCCUCUUUGUUAGCAAUCAGUCCAUCAAAGUCGUAGUUGUUUUAUUAGCUAUGAGCUUUGUAUAGAGAGGAAAUUAAUCAUUAUAUUUCCUUCUCUAUUUGUUUAUUUGGUGUGUGAGAGCUAUUGGGUGUAUCUGGGGUUUUGAAUUGUGAGGUUGCCAAACACUUUGUAAAUUAAUACUCCCAUUUGGUUGAUAGCGGACUAUUGGUGAGCUCCUACUGCUCCGAGGACAUAAUCUAGUUACACUGUCUGUUGAGGAACCUCGUUAAA